UCCGCCCUGGCGGGGACUGCAGAACUAAUCCAAGGGCCGCGGGCCUCUGAGCCGGGACCUGGAGGCGCGCGGGGUGAGGCGGUGGCGCAGCCAUGGCGGGCGGGGAAGACCACGGGGACGGGGAGCCGCUAUCGGUGGUGACCGUGCGGGUGCAGUACUUGGAGGACACCGACCCCUUCGCCUGUGCCAACUUCCCUGAGCCGCGCCGUGCUCCCACCUGCAGUCUGGACGGGGCGCUGCCCCUGGGCGCACAGAUACCCGCGCUGCAUCGCCUGUUGGGGGCACCGCUGAAGCUAGAGGACUGUGCCCUGCAAGUAUCUCCUUCUGGAUACUACCUGGACCCCGAGCUGUCCCUGGAAGAGCAGAGGGAGAUGCUGGAAGGCUUCUAUGAAGAGAUUAGCAAAGGGCGGAAGCCCACACUGAUCCUACGGGCCCAGCUUUCCGUGAGGGUCAACGCUAUCUUGGAAAAAUUGUAUGGUUCCAGUGGCCCUGAGCUCCGCCGUUCCCUCUUCUCAUUGAAGCAGAUCUUCCAGGAGGACAAGGACCUGGUACCUGAGUUUGUACACUCGGAGGGGCUGACUUGCCUGAUCCGUGUGGGGGCUGCUGCCGACCACAACUACCAGAGCUACAUCCUCCGAGCACUGGGCCAGCUGAUGCUUUUUGUGGACGGGAUGCUGGGGGUGGUGGCUCACAGUGAGACCGUGCAGUGGCUGUACACACUGUGUGCCAGCCUGUCCCGCUUGGUGGUGAAGACAGCCCUGAAGCUGCUGCUGGUGUUUGUGGAAUAUUCUGAGAACAACGCACCGCUGUUGAUCCGUGCAGUCAACGCCGUGGCCAGCACCACUGGUGCUCUUCCAUGGGCCAAUCUGAUGUCUGUCCUAGAGGAGAAGAAUGGUGCUGACCCUGAGCUGUUGGUGUAUGCUGUCACCCUCAUCAACAAGACACUGGCGGCACUCCCAGACCAAGACUCCUUCUAUGAUGUGACAGAUGCGCUGGAGCAGCAGGGCAUGGAGGCACUGGUCCAGCGCCACUUGGGCACUGCAGGCACUGACGUUGACCUACGAGCACAGCUUGUGCUCUAUGAGAAUGCCCUGAAGUUGGAAGAUGGAGAUAUCGAAGAAGCCGCUGCCACAGGUGGGCGGCGGGAGCGCCGAAAGCCGUCUUCGGAGGACGGCAAGAGGAGCCGCCGGUCGCUGGAAGGUGGGGUUUGCCCCACACGCGCCCCGGAGCUCAGCCCCGCAGGUCCUGCCCCGCCGGUAGGCCCCGCCUCCAGCCCCGCAGGCCCCGCCCGGAUGACGGGAGCCGCCUCCAGCCCCGUGGGCGCGGCCUCUGGCCUCCAGGCCUCAGUGAGCCUCUUCCCCGGCAUCUCCGUGGCGCCCUCAGCCGACAGCACCUGCGAGAGGAGUAUUUACAAAGCCCGGUUCCUGGAGAAUGUGGCAGCGGCAGAAACAGAGAAGCAGGCUGCGCUGGCCCAGGGCCGGGCAGAGACGCUGGCUGAGGCCAUGCCCGAUGAGAAUGAUGGGCACCCAGAUACUCGAGAACUAUGGAGUUCCCCAGAGCCAGCGCCUGUACCCAGAACACCCCAGAGCCCUGCCCCCCAGGUCCUGCUCUGGGCCCAGCGGAGCCUUGAGCCGGAGCCCAAGGAGCCAUUGGCUCCACCAAGCCCCAAGGCUGAGCCCAUUCAGGAGCUCCAUACUUGGACACCCAAGCUCUGCAUUGGAGAUCUGGAUUUCUCAGAUCUGGGGGAAGACGAAGACCAGGACAUGCUGAACAUGGAGUCUGUGGAGGCUGGGAAAGGGGUCCCACCCACCAUGUCCCUGAUCUCUGGAGGACCCCCACCUCCUCCACCACCACCUCCCCCACCUAACAAAGGGGUCUCAUUCCCACCAGCCCCACCACCCCUGCUCUCUGGAGGCCCACCCCCACCUCCACCUCCACCCCCAGCUGCCCCUCUUUCCCGCUCAGCACCUGAUGGUCCAGCCCUCCCCACCAAGAGGAAAACUGUAAAACUUUUCUGGCGGGAGCUGAAGCUGGCUGGGGGCCAUGGAGGCUCUGGGGGCCACUUUGGGCCCUGCCCCACUCUAUGGGCCUCACUGGAACCUGUCUCAGUAGACACAGCCCGGCUGGAACACCUGUUCGAGUCUCGUGCCAAGGACUUGCUGCCCUCCAAGAAAGCUGGUGAGGGCCGCCGGACAAUGACCACAGUGCUGGACCCCAAGCGCAGCAAUGCCAUCAACAUCGGCCUAACCACACUGCCACCUGUGCAUGUCAUUAAGGCUGCUCUGCUCAGUUUCGAUGAGUUUGCGGUCAGCAAGGAUGGCAUCGAGAAGCUACUGACCAUGAUGCCCACGGAGGAGGAGCGACAGAAGAUUGAGGAGGCCCAGCUGGCCAAUCCUGACAUACCCCUGGGCCCAGCUGAGAACUUCCUGCUGACCCUUGCCUCCAUCGGGGGCCUGGCUGCCCGCCUACAACUCUGGGCCUUCAAGCUGGACUAUGAAAGCAUGGAGAGGGAAAUUGCAGAGCCACUGUUUGACCUGAAAAUAGGCAUGGGACAGUUGGUGCAGAAUGCCACCUUCCGCUGCAUCCUGGCCACACUGCUAGCUGUGGGCAAUUUCCUCAAUGGCUCACAAAGCAGCGGCUUUGAGCUGAGCUACCUGGAGAAGGUGUCGGAGGUGAAAGACACAGUGCGCCGGCAAUCCCUACUGCAUCAUCUCUGCUCCCUUGUGCUCCAGACCCGGCCUGAUUCCUCCGACCUCUACUCAGAGAUCCCUGCCCUGACCCGCUGUGCCAAGGUGGACUUUGAACAGCUGGCUGAGAAUCUGGGGCAGCUAGAACGCCGGAGCUGGGCAGCUGAGGAGAGUCUGAGGGGCCUGGCCAAGCACGAGCUGGCCCCCGCCCUGCGUGCCCGCCUCACCCACUUCCUGGCCCAGUGUGCCCGCCGUGUUGCCAUGCUGAGGGUAGUACACCGCCGGGUCUGCAACAGGUUCCAUGCCUUCCUGCUGUACCUGGGCUACACAGCACAGGCAGCCCGAGAGGUGCGCAUCAUGCAGUUCUGCCACACGCUGCGGGAGUUUGCACUUGAGUAUCGCACUUGCCGGGAACGGGUGCUACAGCAGCAGCAGAAGCGGGCCACGUACCGUGAACGCAACAAGACCAGGGGACGCAUGAUCACUGAGACAGAGAAGUUCUCAGGUGUGGCUGGGGAGGCCCCCACCAACCCAGCGAUCCCAGUGGCUGUGGGCAGUGGGCCAGGCCGGGGUGAUGCCGACAGUCAUGCCAGCAUGAAAACUCUGCUGAUCAGCAGGCCUGAGGACACCACACAUGGUCGUCGCAGCAGAGGCAUGGUCCAGAGCAGCUCCCCAAUCAUGCCCAUGGUAGUGGGCCCCUCCACUGCAUCCCCAGAAGAAACCCCAGGCUCCAGUUCACCCAGCGACACUUCAGACGAGAUUAUGGACCUGCUAGUGCAGUCAGUGACCAAGAGCAGUCCUCGUGCCCUAACAUCUAGGGAACGCAAGCGUUCCCGUGGCAACCGCAAGUCUUUGAGACGGACAUUGAAGAGUGGGCUUGGAGAUGACCUGGUGCAGGCACUGGGACUGAGCAAGGGUCCUGGCCUGGAGGUGUGAAGAUGCUGCCUCCAGGAAACCUUUCUGGACCUGGGCCUGUAGUGCAAGAGACUACAGAGCGAGGAGGGAGCAGAACAGAAUUCUGGGCCUCUUCCCAAACUCUGGGGCCACUCUGUGCCCAGGAGCCAAUGCCUGAGCAGUAUUAGUUGUAUGUGGUGUGUGUGUGUGUGUGUGUCUGCAUGAGAGAGCUCCCUGAGUGUGUGUGUGUGUGUGUCUGCAUGAGAGAGCUCCCUGAAUUUAUGGAGCAAAAUAAAGUUUUCCUAGCCAACCAAGA